UUGUUUGUUCCGUUAUUCAAACAGAACAUUAUUCGGAAACUUAGAAACAGAUCCAGCCAUAAUCAAGGGCAGUGUUAGUAAUAUAUCGUCCUUGUAUAACCAAAACAAGUUUGAUGAGGCUGUGAAACAAAUGUUGGCAAAUCUGAUAGAUGCAUUGUCCAAUUAUACUUCUCCUCCUCCUGGAAUGUAUGCAACUACAGAGAUGAAUGUUCAGAAUGUUCCAACGUUGUAUGGGAUGGUUCAAUGUACUCCUGAUUUGUCACGUGUAGACUGUCGGGCUUGCUUGUACAGCGGUGUUUCUGCCUUCCAACAACGCCCCACACAAGGAAAACAGGGUGCAAUGUUUCUUGCUCCAAGCUGUAAUAUAAGAUAUGAGAUUUUCUCGUUUUUUCUGAAUUCCCCUGCAUCACAGCUUGCACCGCAGCCUGCUCCUCCUUCCAUCAAACCAACAGACAACUCAAAUAUUGGGAAUGGAAGGAAGACAAUCAUUUUGAUUAGUGUGAUUUUGUCAGUAGUUCUGGGAGUGACGGCAUUUGUGAUCAUUUUUAUUGUGUAUUUGAAGAAAAGGAAAAAACAGCAAGAGGAGACAAUAGUACUCGGCCUAGAAAAACACAUAUUUCAAGAAGAUGGAGGAGAACAACAGGUGGAAUCCAAAGAAUUUCCAUUAGAUCUCGUGCUUACCGCAACUGAGAAUUUCUCAGAAGAGAAUAAGCUUGGAGAAGGCGGAUUCGGUCCUGUGUACAAGGGUAAGCUAUCAAAUGGGAAAGAAAUUGCUGUUAAGCGACUCUCAAAAAGUUCUGGACAAGGCCUAGAAGAGUUUAAAAACGAGAUCUCGUUGAUCGCAAGACUACAACAUCGUAACCUUGUUAGACUUUGGGGUUGUUGUUUGGAAGCAGGGGAAUCCCUUCUCAUCUAUGAGUAUAUGCCAAACAAAAGCUUAGAUUUUUUUCUCUUCGAUUCAACUCGAUCUCCACAACUAGAUUGGAGUAGACGCUUUAGCAUUAUUGAUGGCAUAGCUCGUGGGCUUCUUUAUCUACAUCAGGAUUCUCGACUCCGAAUCAUACACAGAGAUCUCAAAGUUAGCAAUAUAUUGCUUGAUCAUGAAAUGAAUCCAAAAAUAUCUGAUUUUGGAAUGGCAAGGAUUUUUGACAGUAAUCAAUGUGAAGCAAAUACUAACCGAGUUGUUGGAACAUAGUAUGUUUUUUGAAACA